AUGAACAACAGUUUUUAAUAAAUUUAAUUAGUUAAUUUGCUGUUGUAAUCAUUAAUUAAUAAAAAUGGGAAAUUGCACACUAAAGUCAACAGAGUCAGAAGAUUAAACAGUAAUUUCUAUCUCUAAUUUCACACAGAAGAGUGUUAUAGGCAAGGGAGGCUUUGGAAAGGAAAUUAGGUCUGGAUGGUAGAGAACAAAAAGUCAAAAAGUUUGUAUGCUAUGAAAAUAAUGUCAAAAGCUAAGAUCAUCGCCAAGAAAAGUGUGUAAUCAGUAAUGAAUGAAUUAUAACUACUUAGUUAAUUGAAACAUAAUUUCAUUAUUAAUAUGUAAGGAGCAUUCUAGGAUAGAGACAAUCUCUAUUUGGUCAUGGAUUUAUUAACAGGCGGAGAUCUGAGAUACCAUCUAUGUAAAUAAAGGAAAUUUACUGAAGAACAAACUAAAUUCUUUGUGGUUUGUAUAAUAGUCUCUUUGGAAUAUUUACAUGUAAAUGGCAUUCUCCAUCGAGAUGUGAAACCAGAAAAUCUAGUCUUUGAUGAUAAAGGAUACUUAAAAUUGACAGAUAUGGGAAUUGCCCGUUAGUGGAAACCAGAAAACGCAUAAGACACUAGUGGCACACCUGGAUACAUGGCUCCGGAAGUAAUGUGCAGAUAAAAUCAUGGAGUGGGUGUUGAUUAUUAUGCACUGGGAGUUAUUGUAUAUGAAUGCAUAAUGGGUAAGCGACCAUAUGUUGGGAAAAGCAGAUAAGAGAUUAGAGAUCAAGUUAUUGCUAAACAAGUCUAAAUAAAAAACACUGACAUUCCCGCAGGAUGGUCAUUAGAGGCAGUUGAUUUUGCCAAUAAACUCAUCUAAAGGAAGCCUGCUAAUAGGUUAGGAGUGAAUGGUCCUGAAGAAGUUAAGGCCCAUUAAUGGUUUAAAGAUUAUUGUUGGGAUAAAUUUUUAGACAGAUAAAUAACAGCUCCAUAUAUUCCCAGAGAAGAUGAAAUGAUUUAAAUAGCCAACGAAAAUCGUAGGGAUUCUGCUCAUGAAAUCGAUCCUGAAAGUAUAUUAAGUUUAAGGAGGAACUCAGUCUAAGCUUAAUUCGGUGGGUAUAGUUUCAAUGGAAGCAAUAGUAAUAAUAACAAUGCUAAACCUCAAUCCACUAAUGUUAGUGUCCCAGCAAUAUUGUCAACAAAGGCUAAUUGA